UUCAUAAUUAGAGAUGUCAUAUUGUAGAAAUGUUCAUAGAAUGAUUGGAAAUCAUUGGAAGCUAGUAAUUAUUACGUCAAAGGUGGAAGAACUUUACAACAAAGGGCAUAGAAGUACCAGCAAGUUGCAAGGAUCCAGUUUUACGUAAGGCAACAAGACUAUAUAAAUCUAAAGGGUGUAUCUAAGGGGCACACACUCAUCCGGUUCUUAGCUCGAUCAACAUGUUCGCUCUGGUGGGUGCAUUGAUACUGGCAGUAGCUGUGAGUGGAGGUAGCCAACAGAAAGAAAAGCGCGGCAUCUUCUCCAGCGGCCACUAUGGCUCCAGCCUAGGCCACGGAGCGGUUCUUGGAGGCGGCUCAGAGAUAAUAGCCGGAGGUGGCGGCCUCGGUGGUGUCGCUCUGGGUGGUGGUGGAGGCGGCGGCCUCGGUGGUGCCGUUCUGCUUGGGGGUGGUGGCGGCGGCGGUGCAGCCUCAGGUACCAUCAUCCGCCAGGACGUGUUAGUGCACAACAGGGUAGCGGUUCCUGUUCCACAGCCUUUCACCGUUCCAGUCGAUAGGCCAGUACCUGUCGGCGUGCCACAACCAGUAUCCGUACCAGUGGACCAACCAGUACCAGUACCAGUGCCCCAACCUGUAGCUGUACCAGUUUUCAGGAAUGUCGCUGUACGAGUUGAGCGCCCUGUACCAGUCCCGUACCCCCAGCCUGUCCCGUACCCUCAGUCUAUACCAGUUCCCGUUUCAGUUCCUCGUCCAGUGGCAGUUCCUGUUAUUAGAGACGUACUCGUCGCUGUUCCACAACCAGUGGCAAUCUCUCAGCCAGUACUUGUGUCAUCUGGUGGCGGUGGAGGUUUCGAUGGUGGUGCUCUUGGAGGCGGUGCCGGACUUGGAGGCGGCCUCGGCGUUGGUAUCGUAGGUAGAUAUGCUGGUGCUUACGGUUAUGGAGGAUCUAUCAUCGGCCAUGGAAUUAGUGGAGGCUUCUUGAAAUCCAAAUACCAUUAUCAUUAACAAAAAUGACUCAACUGCGAUAACUUCUAGUCCCCUCUACCUGUUGUUCUGAUAUAUUUUAAAUAAGAUUGUCUAUUUUUAUAUUAAUAUAUAUAUAUAUUUUACAAAUAUAUUGAAGUUAAAAAAACGGUG